UUCAUUUCUUCUUCUUUUUUAAAACAAAAAAAAAAAAACCAUUUUCAGUUUGACCACUUUCUUCCAACUCUCUCUCUGAGAAAGCAGAGCACAGAGGAAGAGAGAUGUUGCUGGCAAUGCUAAUUUCCAACUCAGAGGGCAACAUUCUCGUCGAAAGGUUCAAUGGGGUUCCUGUAGAGGAGCGGUUGCAUUGGCGAACUUUCUUAGUUAAGUUGGGUGGAGAGAAUCUCAAGGAUGCUAAGAAUGAAGAACUCUUUGUUGCUUCACACAAAUCGGUUUAUGUUGUGUAUACUAUGCUUGGAGAUAUUCACAUCUAUCUUGUUGGCAAGGAUGAGUAUGAUGAACUUGCUUUGUCAGAAGUUAUUUUCAUAAUCACCACGACAUUGAAGGACGUCUGUGGAAAACCACCAAAUGAGCGCCUGUUCCUGGACAAAUAUGGAAAAAUCUGCUUAUCCCUUGAUGAAAUUGUUUGGACGGGAGUUAUGGAGAAUACCGAUAAAGAAAGAAUCAAAAGACUUGUAAGGUUGAAACCCCCAACCGAGUUCUGAAUUACUUAGGGCAACAUUUCUGUUGAAAGGUAAACAACAAAGGUUUAUGACCUGGAGACCAAAACCUCAGUGGAUCAGCCUUCUCUCGUUAAACAUGCAUUACUCAGCUCCUGGUUUAAUUUGUAUCAAACUAACAAUACUAAUGUGAGUGUUAUAUUGGAUCAAAUCUACUCCUUACUACCAAGGAUAUUAUGAACCUGUAAGAACAUUUGGAUAUGCUUUGGAUGUUAUGAACCUGUAAGAGCAUUUGGAUAUGCUUUUUUAUCAACUUGCAAGCACGAAUCACCUCUCUGGAUUCUGGAACA